CAUGAGUCAUGAUUUCCCCCCAAAUCUCUCUCCCUCUCUCUCUCCUUCCCUUCCUCAAUAAGUAGCCGUUCGCAUUCCACAUUUUCUCAUCCCACUCCUACUCUCAAUUCCUUUCCCUCUUCACUCUUAUCGUUUCCCCCUCUUUCUCUCGCCCCUCAGGCACCCCCCCCUCAGCAGCAAUGGCUGCCAUGGGCCUCACGUGCAUUGUUGCUCUGUCUUUGCUGCUGACACUGACUGAAGCCAGAAUCCCUGGUGUUUAUACCGGUGAUUCAUGGGAAAGUGCUCAUGCUACAUUCUAUGGAGGCAGCGACGCCUCCGGAACUAUGGGUGGUGCUUGUGGGUACGGGAAUUUAUACAGCCAGGGAUACGGAGUGAAUACUGCAGCGUUAAGCACAGCUCUGUUCAACAAUGGGUUCAGUUGCGGAUCUUGUUUUGAGCUAAAAUGUGCUGAUGAUCCGCAAUGGUGUCACCCUGGCAGCCCUUCCAUUUUGAUUACUGCCACCAAUUUCUGCCCUCCUAACUAUGCUCUGCCAAAUGACAACGGCGGUUGGUGCAACCCUCCUCGCCCUCAUUUCGACCUUGCAAUGCCAAUGUUCCUCAGGAUUGCCGAGUACCGCGCCGGAAUUGUUCCCGUCUCUUACCGCCGGGUGCCGUGCCGCAAGCAAGGAGGCAUCCGGUUCCAAAUUAACGGUUUCCGUUACUUCAACUUGGUUUUGAUCACCAACGUCGCGGGGUCAGGAGAUAUCGUGCAGGCAUCGGUCAAAGGAUCCAAGACCGGUUGGAUAACCCUGAGCCGGAAUUGGGGCCAGAACUGGCAGACCAACGCGGUGUUGGCGGGUCAAUCGCUCUCUUUCAGGGUCAGAGCAAGUGACCGUCGCUCUUCCACUUCAUGGAACAUUGCACCCGCUAAUUGGCAAUUUGGUCAAACCUUCACCGGAAAAAAUUUCCGAGUUUGAAGCUGAAGUUAUUUUAUAUGAACAACAAAAAAAAUUAAUUCCGGCCUGUUUUGAGUUUUUAUGGGCUUUAUUUCUUGUUAUAUAUAUAUAUAUAUAUAUAUUUUUUUUUUUUAAAUUUGGGUUUGGAAAUAUGAAAAAGAAAAAAAAAUGUAGAAUUGAGUAGUCAUUUUGAGUGUUGAGUGGGAAAAGGGAAAAGAGAGGGGGUAAUUGGAGAAAAUUUAGGAGUGUGUCUGUCUGCUUUGUCUAUACCUUUUUGACUAUCUAAGAGAAGGGCCGGAGGGGGGGACAGAGGUCAUGUUUUGAUCCUAAAAGGGGGAAAUUUUGAGUGACAAAAGGUAAGUGGCCAGGCAAUUGUAAGAGCUUGAAGUGGCUGCAAGCAAAAUAAUGCAGCCCGCAGCUUGUUACUAGUAUCUAUACAAGAAAUACUACUAGCUUAUUUUGAUGUUGGUAAUGCAAUCAUGGUGUGUUACAAUUA